GAUAUCUUACCUAUCACCACUUGAAACUAACCUCACUCCUAUUUAUUAAAAUAAUAUGUUACGAAAUAAAACCCUAUAUAAGUAUCGCAAAAAGUAGUACGAUAUUCACGAUAAUAUUAUUUGUUAAUAAUAUAAACUGUUAAUAUUUAUUAUAAAAAUUAUAACCAUGUUGAAAACUAUAUUAAUAAUUGCCUUUUCAAUUGCUGUGGGUAAUUGCGACCCAUUUAAGGACGUAAAGGCAUGGGAGGCUAGCGUAAAAGCUGACUACGCUAAACUGACCGCGGUUGAACUCGUAACAAAAACCGAUAGUAGCAUACAAACACUGAUUAGCUUGCUAAUACCAGCGGCCGACCUACUACUCAAAAACAACAUGACCGCCUCGGCCGAGAGCUACCUGGCCAUCGGGGACUUCAUAAAAUUAGCCAGCAACAAUUUCUACCAGUCAGUGAACAGGGAG